AUGGUUAACAAAUUAAAUGGCACUCAGAUAGAUUUUAAUUACUCAUUGAUCUCUUUGGAUGUAGUUUCGUUGUUUACGAAUAUACCGAUUGAUAAGGCUAUUGAUAGUAUAGAGGGUAAAUGGAAUCACAUUAAGGAUAAGAUUAAAAUUACUAAAGAAGAAUUUCUAAUUGCUGUCAAUUUGGUUCUGAACUCCACGUUUUUUAGUUUUGACGGUUGUUUUUAUAGACAGAACUUUGGUAUCCCUAUGGGCUCACCUUUGUCUCCAAUUAUAGCUGAUUUAGUAACGCGUGACUUAGAAGAUGAAGCACUGAAUAAAUUAACUACACAACCACUUUUUUACUAUCGUUAUGUGGACGACAUUAUCAUGGCUAUACCUAAGAAUAUUAUUGAUCAGACGUUGAAUGCCUUUAAUUCUUUUCAUGAAAGGUUACAGUUUACAGUAGAAAUUGGUGGGGAUAGAAUAAGUUUUUUAGAUAUCGAACUGGUUAACCAUGAUAGUGUUUUGAAAUUUAAUGUAUACCGCAAACCUACUUCAUCUGGUAGGUUUUUAAAUUUUUACUCUUCUCAUCCGAUAUCUCAAAAGAAAGGAAUUAUUUUAAGUAUGGUGGAUAGGACAUAUUUACUUUCACACCCGAGAUACCAUCAAGAAAAUUUAAGUUACAUCAUAGAAACCUUACUUAAUAAUGAUUACCCGAUGGAUUUUAUUUUUAAUACAAUUAAUGUUAGAUUCAGAUAUUUGAUGAGUGGUAAAAACAAAUUGGUUGACGUUAAUGGUGAUAGUUCAACAUAUUUGCAACCAUGGUAUGUGAUUCCGUUUAUUCCUUCAAUAUCGAAAGGUUUCAAAAGAAUUAGCAAAAUUUUCGACACUAAGUUAGUCUUCAAAAGCUUUAAUAAAUUGGAUAAAUUUAUUAGAGCACAGAAGGACACGUUGCCUAAAGAACAAAAUAAAAAUGUGAUUUAUAAAAUAGCUUGUAAUUCUUGCGAUGCGACAUACGUUGGACAGACGGGACGGAGACUAAAAACAAGAAUCGCCGAGCUUAAAAACCAUAUUAAUCAUAAAACUGAUACGCAUUCUGUAAUUACUGAGCACAGAUUGAAAUGUAAUCAUGAUUUUAAGUGGGAUGACAUCAAGAUUCUUGAUUGUGAACGUUGUUUGAACAGACGUCUUGUGUCAGAAUACAUUCAUAUUCAUUUGCAGAACAAGGGCUUGAAUAGACAAAAUGAUACGGAUGGUUUACACCACAACUAUAAAGUAAUAUUAAACGAAAUUUAA